CCACUUUUGAUCAUAUAAAAGCAAAGCAAGGUUGGCUGGGGCUGGUCAGUUCUUAUAAUUUUUAGGCUGAGUUAAACGAGUUAAGCAGCUGCAGCUCAAAGCCAACGCGGUGAAAUAUGAUUAAAUUGCUAUUGCUUUCCAUGGCUAUCUUCGCCACAUUCGCCGCCGCAGUACGCCAACACAACCGCUUUGGCCGAAAUUCAGAUGAUUCGGAUCGCUCUGCCGUAGUGCUUCAAAACGACUACAACCUUAAUCCGGAUGGUUCCUACGUGUACAAGUACGAAACGAGUAACGGAAUCAGUGCGUCGCAAAGUGGUAGCGAAAAUGGACUUUAUGCCAACGGUUACUUCAGCUACUUGGACCCGGAUCAGAACCGCGUGGAAGUGACGUAUUUGGCCGAUGAGUACGGAUUUCAACCACAGGGAUCGCACCUUCCAGUGGAGCCUCCGGCACCGGAUCACGUUAUCAAAUCUUUGGAGCAGAUUCGGGCGGCUGCUGGGCCAGAUUCGAAUUUGGACAUUCAGCUGCUUGAUGCAACAAUCGCUCGGUUGAAAGCCAACCAGGGUUGAGUGAUUAUUUUUCCUGUUAGUU